AUGGAUGUCGCGCCGGCGCUGGCGAAAGAGGAGCUUCCCUUGAAAUCAGCAGUAGUGAAGGUGGUCGAUGUCGCUACGGAGAACGGAGUGAUAUCAGCAGGCGCGCCUGAUGUCAGCGAGGACGUGUCAAACCCCGAGUUCGACACGGAGGACGGCGAUUCUGGCGCUUCGGGGGAUUCUGAAGACUCUGAUGAUAACUGGGAGACUGAGUCACUUUAUGAAGAUUCAUUACAGUUUGUCCGCGAUGACCAGCUACACGACGUUCCUGAUGCAUGUACGCCAGAGGAGGCCGCUGCCUUUCGUGGGCGCCUUCACGAAAUCGGAAAGGCUGCUUUCAUUGAAGAGACAAUAGGGCAGGGGACCAUUACUGCCAGGAAACUCUGCACUGCCUUCGGGAUCAUGCCGCCCACAUUUCUUGAAGGCGCUCCAGACAGGGCUUAUCAUACCUUGCUUAUUAUAGGAAUUGCACGCGAAUACUCAAGACGCGUUAAGCUAUCACAGUACAAUACUAUCGAUGAUGCGGUUGAGCUGCUAAAAAAAUCAAAGAAUAUUAUCGUUUUAACUGGCGCCGGCAUAUCCACUAGUCUCGGUAUUCCUGACUUUCGUUCGAAAGAUACCGGCUUAUAUUCUAAGUUAGAGUAUCUGGGAUUGACCGACCCUCAAGAGGUUUUCGAUAUACGCCUAUUCCACGAGGACCCCAAAAUUUUCUACUCUAUUGCGAAGGACAUCCUUCCGAAGGAGAAAAUUUUUUCUCCAACUCAUGCAUUUAUCCGACUUCUUCAGGAUAAAGGAAAGCUACUGACGAACUUCACUCAAAAUAUUGACAACCUGGAAGCAAAUGCGGGGAUUUUGCCUGAGAAUUUAAUCCAAUGCCAUGGCUCUUUCGCGACAGCAUCCUGCAUCAAGUGCAAGUACCAGGUCCCCGGUGAGCAAAUUUUCGAACAUGUCCGAAAGGGAGCACUUCCUGAAUGUGCUGCUUGCAAAGACCUACUCGCAGCUCAGCCGUGCGGGAUGAAAAGAAAGCGCAGUUCAAAUGGGUCCAUAAAAAAAAGUCGUAAAAGGGAGGAUUUUGACGAUAGCUCAGAGGGCGAAGACUAUGAAAUCCCCACCCCUGGCGUGAUGAAGCCUGAUAUCACAUUCUUCGGUGAAGAUCUUCCGAGCGCGUUCUCGCAACGUCUGAUAAACCAUGAUCGCGAACUGGCAGACCUAGUGAUUGUGAUUGGGACAUCACUGAAAGUGGCACCGGUGGCUGAAGUUCCAGGCAUAUUACCUCGGGAUGUCCCUCAAAUUUUAAUUUCACGUGACCCGGUGUCACAUAUUGAUUUUGAUAUCGACAUGCUCGGUGAAUGCGACGUUGUGGUCUCCGAGCUCUGCCGCCGCGCUGGUUGGGAUUUACGACACGAAAUGAUACCCAAAGACCUAACCGUCGAGGUUUCACUGAAUGAAGGCUACGUCUCACGAUAUCGGUUUACUGCUCUGAAGCCAUAA